AUUAAUGUACAAUUAAUGGAUAUUGAAAUAUGGAAACGUUUUUGUGAUGUUAAUAAUGAAAUGAUUGUGACAAAAGGUGGUCGUCGUAUGUUUCCAUUGAUUCGUUGUCAAAUUGAUGGUCUUGAACAUCGUGCAAUGUAUUCAAUUGUAUUGGAAUUUGUACAAAUCGGUACACAUCGUUGGAAAUAUCUAAAUGGUAAUUGGGUUGCAGGCGGUAAAUCGGAACCACCACCACAAAAUCUUCAAACAUUCUAUAUUCAUCCAGAUUCACCGAAUUUUGGUGCACAUUGGAUGAAAGAAGUUGUUAGUUUUACAAAAGUUAAAUUAACCAAUAAACCAACUACACAACAAGGACAGGUCGUACUAAAUUCAUUGCAUAAAUAUCAACCACGAAUUCAUAUUGUACGUAUUGAAUCAACGGGAAACAAUACCGGAUCAUCAUCAUCUGCUGCAACAACACCGACAUCAUCAUCAUCUACAUCGACAAAUCAUUUAGAUACAACAAAAACAUCAGCUGCAAUGAUAUCAUCAUCACCAAAAUUAACAAUGGAUGCAUUAUGUAAUCAAUGUUUAUCAUCAAUAUCGCCUGUUGUUAGUAGUAAUAGUAGUAGUAGUAAUAUAGAUGGUGGAAUAACAAUAACUGGAUCAAAUCUAUUAUCAUCAGAUAAUGGAGGUGAAAGAACAAAUAAUAACAACAACUCGAUAAUAAAUGAAGAUUGUAUUGAUUCAUUUUGUGGUGGUAAUAAAAUUGUUACCUAUACAUUUAAAGAGACACAAUUUAUAGCGGUUACUGCAUAUCAAAAUGAAGAUGUAACACAUUUAAAAAUUCGUUAUAAUCCAUUUGCAAAAGCAUUUCAAGAUAUACGUGAAAAACCAAGUAGCCAUCAUUAUUCUUCCAGUCAUCAUCAUCAUCAUCAUCAUCAUCAUCAUUCAAAUCUUCAUCAUUCAUCGACUGGAUCAACAUAUGAUCCACAUAUUCAUCAACAUCAACAUCAACAUUAUUCACCAACAUCACCAUUCUAUAAUCAGCAACAAAGAAUAAAUACCGGUGCAACAAAUUCAACCACAACAACAUCUACUACUACAACUACAAAUACAAUUGCUACAAAUAAAACAACAACAACAACAUUAUCAUCCAUUUCACCACCAUUAACAUCGACAUCAUCAUUAUCAUCAUCAUCAUCAACAGCAGCAGCAGCAGCAUCGGCAUCUGUUGCAGCAAUGGUAAUUGGUAAUGAUAAUCAAUCAUCGACUUCAUCAAUGCUUAGGGCAUGCAAUAAUAGUAUUAAUUUACAUGGCCAUGGUCAACAACAACAACAUACAACAACGAUUAAAACUGAAACAGAACAACAACAACAGGAACAAAUUGCCGGUGAUGAAACGUAA